UAUUUAGCUGUUUGAAAAAUCUAGCUAUCUUUUACUCAGUGGUUAUAAUGUGUUGGCUUUAUAAUGAACUUUUUUAAAGAAUUCCUUUUCAAUAAAUUCAUUUUAAUUCAUCUAAGCCUCACAAGAAGAAAGUUCUCUUAUUGUCCACAUUGAUAACUGAGUAAGUACCAGAGCCAGGAUUUGAACUCAAGCCUGCUGAGUGUAUCUCUAAAUUACUACCCUCAAUGAAGUUUGGUCUAGUUUCCUUUAUAUGUAAUUUGAGGAAAUGUUCAGGGAAAUAACUCCUUUAAUGAUAUUAAUUUGGAUUUUCAUUCUGAGAAUUUUUGUAAACUGUAAGCUGUAAAAUGUAAUUUAUCAGUUUUAUCAGUUUUCUUUUGACACUGCAAAGAGGAACCCAUCACCAGAUUUCUUGCUGGUCAGCACUGUUCUCCAACUAAAAGUGCUUUCACAGUUACAUUUGCAUUUGCUUUAUCCCCUAGAGAGUAUAGAAAAUGACUUGAAUAAUGCAUAUUACUUUCUAUACUCUUUCAACAGAAAGAGCUGCAUACUUAAUCAUUAAAAUGAAUUCUGGGUAUGGACUCAAAAUUUUUUUAAAAAGGAAGAAAACUCUAUUUGUAAAUACCUGGAAUAGUAGUCACCAUCUAAAUGUAUUGUAUGAAUCCAAACACAUAUUAAAAAAUCUGUUAUUUGUCAAACCUUAUCUUUCAAAUAAAAAUGUAGAGAACUCAAGUUUUUUCUCCUGUUAAAGCAGUUUCAUUUUCAGGCUUACUUUGCAAAAGGGCUUGCAUGCAUGACAGCCAUCUAUGCUAUGCCUUCCCUUAGAUAUUAAGAGAUGUGAAGAGUAGGGCAGUGUCUCCCUUUAUGUUCACCUCUAGCAAAUACGACCAUCACCCUCCAUCAUUCUAAAGAUUUCCCCUUUUAUACUUAUUUUUUUCAAGACCUUCUGUUUGCAUAUAUCUCCACUAUUGACAGCACAUCACAACAUUGGAAACCAUUAGGUUUCCAUGAAUGUCUUUUAUUCUUUCCGUGAAUGUCUUUUGUAUUCUUCCAAAUCAGAGGCUUUAACUGGCUCCACCAAGAAAUAAAAUAGAGGUCAUUGCAGCAGCAGUGACUUUCAAGCUGUUUGCUAAAUUUAGCUGUCCAAUACUUUCUCCACUAAUGAAAACUGCACUACGAAUAUAGAAUGUUGGAACAGAACAGGAGCUUAAAGGUCAUCGAGCCUAAUCCCCUUAUUUUUCUGAGGAAGGUUUGGAGAUUUGCUUCAGGCCACAGAACUUGCUAAUAGUGGGGAUGGAACUUGAACUGAGAUUUGCUCAUCCCAAGGGCAAUGCUGUCCUACCUCAUAGAUGCUCUGUCUCCUGUGAUCAGCCUCACCUAACCAGAUCUCACAGCAUAAAUAUAGCUGAGAUUAUUGCUUGUGGCUUACCCUUCAUGGCCUUCCAUCAAUUUGGCAGCUGGAUGUGAAACAAGAAAAGUGUCUGAAUUAUAAGGUGCUACAAGAGAAACAAAAUGAUUCCAUACCCAAACCCUGCCCCCAACUCUAAAAACUUCCUGCUUUCUGUUCAUCAAUAAUAAAUGGUCCAUCCCUGCAAUACUCAGAGGGAGCUUACAUUGCACUUUUGAGCAGCCGGUUAGUAAUGUACAGUGGAUAGAGGCUUUCUUUCAAAUCCCAGGGCAGCGGGUCCUUCAUGGCUAGCAUUGCAUUUUCAAUUAGCUGCUGAGUGAAUGCUUGGCAUGUGUAUAGUAGUGAAGAGGCACACAAUUAUCUUAUUGUUCCUUUCUGUAUUGUGCUGAGAGGAUCCAAGGGAUUGGUGGGGGAACAGGCAAGCCAGGCAUCACUGUGGAUGGGAGUUACUCAGACCUCGGCAUCUUUGCUCACUCGCUCUGGAAUUACAGCUAUUUUUUUACGAAGCAUCUGUUUGGCUGGGUGGAGUGCGCCCGAGGAAACAUCCCAGACACCACCUGGGGUUAGUCUUUCUGAACCCUUUACAUCUCUAAUUCUCAUCAUUACCAUGGAGCCCAACAGUCCCAAAAAGAUACAAUUUGCUGUGCCUUUAUUCCAGAGUCAGAUUGCACCUGAAGCAGCUGAGCAGAUCAGGAAAAGAAGACCUACACCAGCAUCACUCGUGAUUCUCAAUGAACAUAACCCCCCAGAAAUAGAUGACAAGAGGGUGACCAACACACAAGCAGAAUCACAGAAUGCAUCCCCUAAGCAAAGGAAGCAGAGUGUGUACACACCACCCGCCAUGAAAGGGGUUAAGCAUAUGAAAGGCCAGAAUGAAUCAGCAUUCCCUGAAGAAGAAGAAGGCAUGAACGAGAGAGAGGAGCAGUGGGACCAUUAAUUACGGGUCUGCAGCAAGAAGGCUUCUUGGGAAUAACUGAACUAUUAAUUUCUCUGAAUAUCCCAUGGAAUGCCACUGCUUGACUUCCAGAAGCAACCUCCAUCUCUGCUCCACACUCACACAGUAGUAACACUCCUCCUGGGAAGCAGCCCUUCAUGGAACUUUAGAAGUACAU